AUGGCCGCCUCCGAUGGCGCCUCUUCAAUCACGGUCGCGGUCCGCGUACGACCUUUUACAAUCCGAGAAGCAGCUCAAAUAACCAAGACCGAUGAUGGCCCUCUUUUCCUUGGCGACGGAUCGCUAGCAGGUGUCCCUGCACCAAAGUUGAACCAAAAGGGAAUUCGAUCCAUUGUGAAGGUGAUCGACGAUCGAUGUUUAGUGUUUGACCCUCCCGAAGACAACCCGGUCCAGAAGUUUUCCAGGAGCGUGGUGCCCAAUGGCAAGCGCGUCAAGGAUCAGACCUUCGCCUUCGAUCGUAUCUUCGACCAAAAUGCCUCCCAAGGUGAGGUUUACGAGUCAACUACUCGCGGCCUUCUCGAUAGCGUUCUCGACGGCUACAAUGCGACAGUCUUUGCAUACGGUGCCACGGGUUGUGGAAAGACCCAUACCAUUACAGGAACUUCCCAGCAGCCUGGAAUUAUUUUCUUGACCAUGCAAGAGCUUUUCGAGCGAAUCGAUGAGCGAUCAAGCGAGAAGUCAACCGAGAUCUCUCUGUCCUACCUAGAAAUUUACAACGAAACUAUUCGCGAUCUUCUCGUUCCACCAGGUGCAAAGGGUGGUCUUAUGCUUCGUGAAGAUGCGAACCAGUCAGUCUCUGUGCCUGGAUUGUCAAGCCACCACCCACAAAAUGUUCAGGAAGUCAUGGAUAUGAUUAUGCGUGGCAAUGAAUGCCGUACCAUGUCUCCGACUGAGGCCAAUGCGACCUCGUCUCGAUCUCACGCCGUCCUCCAAAUCAACGUGGCUCAGAAGGAUAGGAAUGCCGAUGUGAAUGAGCCUCAUACUAUGGCAACUCUGAGUAUCAUCGAUCUUGCGGGAAGUGAACGAGCAAGUGCUACGAAGAACCGAGGCGAGCGCCUCCUUGAAGGUGCUAAUAUCAACAAGUCCCUCCUGGCCCUAGGUAGCUGCAUUAAUGCACUCUGUGACCCUCGGAAGCGAAAUCAUAUCCCUUACCGAAAUUCGAAGCUUACUCGACUUCUGAAGUUUGCUCUCGGCGGAAAUUGCAAAACUGUCAUGAUCGUUUGCGUUAGUCCAUCAAGUCAGCACUUCGACGAGACUCAGAACACGCUACGCUACGCCAACCGUGCAAAGAAUAUCCAGACCAAGGUUACCCGAAAUGUGUUCAAUGUCAACCGCCACGUUAAAGACUUUUUGGUCAAGAUUGACGAACAAAUGAAGCUCAUCAAUGAACUCAAGGCGCAACAGAAGGACCAAGAGACUGUGGCGUUCGUAAAAUUCAAGAAACAAAAUGAGAAGAAAGACGCAGUUAUGCGUGAAGGUGUUGCUCGUAUCCGCAAUGCAUACGAACAUGCUCAGCCAGAGAGACAGGAGAAGACCAAUAAUAUGCUUAAGUUAAGACAGAUCAGCCGCAGGAUCGGUAUUCUCUCGUCUUGGAUCGCAGCCUUUGACACGGUCUGUGCCGCUCGCGAAGACGGCGAGGGCAUCGCAAACUUGUGGGCAAUUCGCAAGUCCGCACAAGGUAUCCUUAUCGAGUUGGAGGGCAGCCGACACCACUAUCAUCAACGACUAUCUAAAAGUACAUGGGACCGAGCGAUGAUUUCGGCUGUUGAAAACGCGACCAAACAGCUGCAGGAUUUCGAUAUUAGUGACGCUAGCGAUUACGCCAAUUUGGACAGAGAAGCCGAGCUUCUCAGAUCAAAUGCAGAGCGCGAGGCCUUGUCUGCAGUAGUGGAACAGGACAAAGCUGGCGAAGCUGGUGCUGUGCAGCUUCUUCUUCAGGCACAAUUCGAAUUGAUGUCCUCCAUUGAAGACAUAAUGCAACUCAAUGCAACCGAGGCUAUUCAAAAAGGGCGUGUUAUUCUUGGCAAGAUGUUGGAAGAAUGUUCGAAUGCGGCAUCCAACCUUGUAAAGUCUGAUGGCAGCUUGUCUGCCAUGCCUGCUAGCCCAGUCAAACCAGCUAGUCCGGCAAAGCCUAAGAAGAGGUUCAGCAUGGUCAGCAUGCCGCCACCGAUGAAGAGCCUCCAACCAUCUGUUCAAAUUGCACAUGUUGCUCCGCCAUCCCCCAUAAAGGGUUCGCCCCGUCGCCGCAAGGCCGCCGCUGGUCGUAAAAGUGUUAGCUUUUCACCAAAGAAGUCACAAGCUAAAUCAACUAAGCGGUCAGUUCGUUGGAAGGAUGAUGAGGAAGACGCUCCCUUGACCGAGUUCCAAAACACACCCCAAAAGGACGACUCUUUUGAUGAGUUCAGCUCCGAAGAGACUUCCGAACCCGUCUUACCACGAUCGUCGUCUCCUAUUCCACGAAACAUCCCUCGGGUCGUUAGCCCAUCGGGGAUUUCUUCUCCUGUCCCAGCAUCCGGCGAUUCAAUGCUCAGUGUUCAGAAGAACAACAGUCGGUUCAAGGCUGGAUUUCUUUCCAAGAGAGCUGGAAGCUCACCUCUAGCACCUCCCCCUACCGCGUCUCUUCCACUUUCUGAUACUGGAAACUCCCCCCUUCGUGAUAUUGAGGGCAGCAGCUUCCUCAAUCGUGCCUCGUCGGAACGACCUUCUCGUAUCGCCGUGCGCAGCCCGAGUGGAAAUUUCUCGAGCAGCCCAGUCGCCGAUAGUAAAUCAGAAAGCAAUGACAACUGGAAGUCUGAGAAGGACGAGGCGAUCAAAAUUAAUUCCGCCAUGCGUCGUAUCUCCAGUGGACAUUUCGGACCAACUGCCAACUCUCUACGCGUCCACCGUCGACGCAGCCCCAGCUCUAACACAUACGGUAGCUCGCCGAGCGAGAACAAUAUGUUCACCGCAUCGCAGGCUCGUCGUAUGGUAAAAAGUGAGCGAGAGGUAGAAACUAAGCCUAGAGUCUUCAGCCCUCACACGCUACCAGUGAUGAAGAAUACAGGUCGACGUACUACCUUGGGAGGAGAUAUCCGACCUCGACAUGCCAGUCUUUCCAGCAGAGAUGCCAUGCGACUGAGUGCCAUGGCAACUCCACAAGUCGAUCGCUCGUCAUGA